AAACUCGAAUGCUCGCAUUGCAAUUUGAUUAAAAUUUCUAAUGUAUUUAUAAUUUAAAAUUUUUUAUUAAUAGUAACUUAAUACGUGUCUUUAUUAACUAAACCCUAAAUCCCGAGGAUUCCUAUUAUGUGAAUAUCCAGUUCUCCACAUCUCCUCCAUCCUCCUCCAGCGACACCAGCCCGCCAUUCCGGUCUUCUCCAGCCCCAGCCGUCACCAUUCUUCCGGGCCCCUGAGCUCUGCCGUUGCCGUCGCCUUCCUCUCUUCUGUUCUGCUGCUCCUCUCUGUUCUCCGCCUCUCUCCCCUUGCCUCCCAAUCUGCUUCGCUGCCUCGCCUAUUCUCGCUUUAACUAAGCUGAAGUUCGUUCUAAGAGUCAAUAGAUAUUGGCAGAAUCGGUGAUAAAAUGGGUUUAGGGUUGAGAAACUUCACUGAGAGAAACAAUAAUGGACAACAUGUCCUGGACACUGAGAAUGGGGAGGAACUCAUGCACAUGCAGCGUGGUGUGGACCUUGUGCUUGCCAACCUCCCUCCCAUCUCCUCCGGCACACUCUAUAUUACUACCAAGCAAGUGAUAUGGCUCAGCGAUGUAGACAACACCAAGGGAUAUGCUGUUGAUUUCUUGUCUAUUUCCCUCCAUGCCGUCUCAAGAGACCCAGAUGCCUACCCCCAUCCUUGUUUAUACACCCAGAUUGACACUAAUGCUGAAGAGGAUGGUUCCGAAAACUCCGACUCUGAAUCCAGUGACAUACAAGAUUUAUCCAGGAUCACAGAGAUGAGGCUUAUCCCCUCUGAUCCUUCUCAAUUGGAUACUUUGUUUCAAGUAUUCUGUGAGUGUGCAGAGCUUAAUCCAGAACCAAAUGAUGAGGAAGGAGAAGAGCAUGAUUGGGUUUUCAGUGCUGAUCAGAUGGAAGGGGAUGAGGAAGAGGAAGAAGGUUAUAUCUCUCAUAAUCCAGCGAACUCUCUUGGUCAGUCAAAUGGACAUCAUGAUCUAGCUCGUACAGUACUUGAGCUUCAUAUCAACGAUCAGCGUUUUGAGGAUGCAGAAGAGAUGGAGCACGAUGAGGAUGGCACCCAUAAUUGAGUGGCUGUGUUUAGCCGAACAUAGCAUAUGAACUGUUGGUUAUGUUAUGUAAAUUAGUAUAAAAAUCUGAUUAGGGGGUUAUAUACUGUUGAUAAUUGAUGGACAAUUAUGCGCGAUUAAUGAAUUUUGUUUCAUGUUUAGAA